GCUGGCUCUACACUGGCAAGUGGGUGAACUACAGCGACGCUCUGGUGGCUCGGCAUGGUGGCUGGCUGCAAUUGUUUUCUGGGCAUGCUGACAUGGCAGCUGUCACGCGCCGCCGCUGACGUGGCCGCUGCCACGUAUAUUAUUAUUGUUGACGUGGCGAGGCUCGAGACUGGUAUUGUUGUUCUGUUUCGACAACAUUCGGGAGGAGAUCCUGACUGUGGGGCGAUAGUGGAUAAGUACAUGGUUAGCUUGACGCCGACAUUGCUCCAGCUCGCUGAUGAGGACCGAUUGACAUACCACAUGGCACAUUGUGAUAAAGCAAACAAUUCAGAAUUUCACAAAGGACUGGCUGGGGGAACCAAUAGAGCGGUCCUUAGGGGAGGUAAAAUGGUCAGGGACAGAAGAGACAGAGGGACCUUUCAAGAAGGAUUUCCAACUGGCUAUGUGUUCGCCUCGGCCGCGGCCGAGUUUACGCGCGGCCGCACCAGGGCCAGGCAGCGGCGUGUGCGGAAAAACGGUAACAAACGAGGCAGCUUGGUCAUCGGAUCUCCUACGACGCAGAUGAGAACUCGACCGCGUAUGACUCCAACACUUAUCAGCGGCACUGGGAAAAAGAAAAUUGAUGAGAAUUUGAAGAGCGUAGUGGAGCAGCAUGCGUUGGAAGUUGACACACUGAAGGAGAUGAGAUUAAGAGAACUCAAUGCACGACGAGAGGCGGAACAAAAACUUGAGAAGUUGAGGGAGAAGCACAAGAACGAUGACCAGGAAAUUAAGAGACUGAGGGAAGAAAUGAAUAAGUUGGAAAUGGAGAAGAAACACAAGACAGUGGGAACUAAUUUGAAGUCCAAGUUGGACGAAGCAGCUGGCGGAUCGGUAAGGAAGACUGAUCGGGGUAAGAAGGUGGAGACCCCGGCUGAUGCUAUAUGCAAGCGAGAUGUGAUGCUCAAAGAUGCUCGACAUCAAUUAAGGAAUAUGACAAAGGAGAUCUUGGUUAUCUGUGAAAAAGAGGGUAUGGAGUACACGAAGCUGGAUGCAACGAAGGAGGAGGUUGCUAAGCUAAGGGUGGACAAAGUAGUGGAAGGAGAUCACGAUGAAGAGCAGGGUGAUUGUGGUGUGCCUAUACAUGAGGUUCCAGACGAUGGGGAAGAGGAAAGUCUCAAGAGUGACGACGCUGAUUCGCUCAACUCUUAGCGUCUUACCCGGAAGCGGCACUUCUGUGGAACAUUCUCAAACAGUUUUGUAGGGUAAGAUCCAAGAGUAUUAAUCUAUUGAGAUG